AACUCCUGUUGCAUUUCUGAAAGAACGAUUAUAUAAGCGUUCGUUGAAACUGUUUGUUGGGGUUCGUAUCAGCUGUGUGUUUUUUGUUGUUGUUGUUGUUGUGAAGUAAGUAUGAGCGAUGCCGCGGCGAGACGGGAGGCGAGGAGGAGAAGGAUUCUGGAGAACGCGGACAACCGUUUGAAGAGGAUCUCCAACAUUCACAGAAAAAUCGAAUCGGAAACUGACGAGACGGAGAUCGUCGCACCAGAUGUCCAAUGCAAAACAAAACCGGAUCAUCCAGCCUGCAUCAACUACGCUGAGGAACCUGUCGUUAAUAAUGUGGAGAUCGAGUACGUGCGUGUCGAGAACGAAGUGAAGAAGUUCAUAGAUUUGGACCUGGAGAAGGAGGUCGUUCAUCUGGAGGAGACUGUUGGAAUAGACGAAGUGUCAGAUUGCGGAAAAUCUUUUUACGGGACGUUCAUUGUGCUCCUGCUGGGUUUGAGCGUACGCUAUUUGAAUCUGAUCUUCAGCAAGUUCGAGUUCUUCGUGGGAAUCGACUUGUCCUACCUGCACAUCGACAAGAUAUUCCUGCCGUUGUUAGGGUACGAAUGCUACGUUUUGCUGCUGGCGCGGCCCAAAUACGAGGAAAACGUUACGAUGAAUCUGAUAAUGCUUAUGAACAACAUUAACGGGAAGAAGGUGCAGCCGCUGCUGCGUUUACUAAAUUUAAUUAUUAACGUGCACAAGGACAUGGCGAUAUACUUUUUCGCUUUUAUAUUGCUGGAUCUGGUGUUCGCUCUUGUCUCCGCGUGAUUUUCUAUAUAGUUUUGUUUAUAUAUCUUUUUAAAUUGAAUUAUUUUGUAUUUGGUGUCAACGAUUGUUUGUGGAGGAUAACUUUAUAAUAUAUACAUAUUAAAAAA